AUGGACAGCGACGAUGAGGAGGUCGAUCCGACAUAUGGGGAGAGAGCACCCUAUCAUAUUGCUACUUUAACUCUCAACGCAUCCCAAAUUCAAAAACUUGAGCCUCGAAUCGAUGACUACGUCAUACUCGAUGGUCAAGAAAGAACGGCUUUUGCCUUGGAGUCAUUCCGACUUGUAUGGGAAGGCGAGGAGAUUGAAUGGGAGAUCAGGAGCUUAUGGCCAUCAAAGGCAGUGAAUCCCAAAUGGCAUAGAGAGAAACAGGCAGUGAACAACUUCUUUAAGGAGCGCUUGCGAAUGCGCAGGACCGUACUUAGACUACCAGGAGAGAAAAAGAAGUCGUGGAACGAGAUGGAUGUCUGUGGAGAUGUCUACGAGGACGCAAUUGUGGACUUGUGCAACGAGCUGACCGGGCUGGCAGCCGGUAGCAAGGACGGUUGGAUUGCGGAGUACCCGAAGGCUCGGGCGGCCAUCUACUACAGCUUAACCGACGAGGAACGCGAGGCAAUACAGACUUUAUGCGAAAGCUGGAACAGGACGGGCAUUCCGAAGGGUAUGAAGAAAAAGAAAAAUGCCAAGCAUUGCAAAAAGUUUCUUCUGAACUGUGCUCAGAAAUGCCUGCAGGUAUACGGAGUAUAUCCCUUCAUUUUUGCAAUUGGGGAGCCUGGUACGGAAAUUAAAUCCAAAGUCUAUGACUUCAGUCGAGAGCUGGGACUGGGAGAUGAGGUCGUGGAGGACCGCACGCCCAUGGACGAUACUCUUGCGGUGUUUCGCAAUCAUGUCACAACCAAAGUUGGGGCAUCUGAUCCUGUUACCAAGAAAGCCAAGAAGCCUGCGCGAGCUUUUGAUGAACUCACUUGUUACGACUUCGACCCGAAAGACUUCAUGGGAGGGGAUGCAGUGCGGCUUCGGCAGGAAGACUGGAACGAGGAAGCUUUCUUCGCACAAAGGCUUCAACUCCUUCAUGCCAUCUUUCGCAUGGGUCACGCUAAUAUCACGUCACGCGAUCCGCGCGCCCUGCAGCCACCGUGGACCUACCUCUCUGAUGGGGAGCUUCUUGAUCUGAAGCACUUUCCAGAGGGAAUCAAGAUGACCGACCCGGGCAAGCUACGUGACGACGACAAGAUGAAAGUCCUCCGACACCUAUUCUUUGAAGUAGGAGAGGUUUGUUUCAAAGCCUACAAGUUGCGUGGUACGACUCCCCGACCGCCUGUCGACCUCGAGGCAAGAUGGUGGGCACUUAGUCCUGAGAUGGCUGCCUUUGAGAAGGCAAAAGAGAAGGCCCUGAAUGCUAGACCGAUCUACAGGGCAGGAGCCAGGGAACAGUCGGGAGCAAGGGAAGGAUCGACUGCGCACGGAGGUCCCGCGGACCCAGAGGGUGGGCCUGGCGCUGACGGAGGUGUCAGCUCCGCCGGCGGGUCCCUCGCGACGGCCGGCGGAGUAACGUCCACCGGACCCUCCGCGGCUGCAAAGUCCGGCCGCCGUGGACAAAGCACAGUUCGCAGUCUGUAUGGGAGUUCACGACGGCAGAGGGUCCACAAUGAGGAGAACUGGCAAGAAGACAACUUAAUUGAUCCACCAAGUUUUGUCACGAUCCCUGACCCCGACGACUACUACGUCAAGCAAAGUUCCGCUCCGCCAAAUGACAAUGGCUGGCCUGUGCCGGCUUUUGUGCCAUCCAAUGGCGAGGCAAGGUCGCAGUGGGCUUACGACAUUUUGGAUAUCCUCGUCGACGACGAACGUACGCCAGGCUUUGUGCUGAGAAGGUGCAUCACCUUGCUAGUAGAACUUCCGCUCGUCAGAAACCACGGCUACCCUGUAGGACCAUUCCGCAAGCACAAGAUGCAACCAAACUUGCCAAAGUUUGUCGACUGGAAAGCCGACUCCUUCCGCGGACCCACAUCGGCCGUCGAAGUCGCGGAGUUGGAGACGUACCUCCGCGCAUCUCCGUGGACGUUCUCCCAUCAAGGCUCCGUCCUUUACUCGGGCAGUGAGAUGGCCUGGUGCUUUAUCCUAGCCUUCUUGCUAUAUCUGCGAAGUGCGAGUCGAUCAGCAGAGUUUUGCACGAUGGAGUACGUGGAGCUAAAGCGCAUUGGGGAGACGUUCAAACACUAUCUUGAGAAGGCCACGGAGGACAACUACUAUCCUGGUACAGCACCUAGCAGGAAAUACGAAAUUGCAAGCUCCAGACUCGCCUAUCUUUGCACGGUUUUUAACAUGCAUUACGAGCUCGUGCAACUGUUAGCUCUCGCACAGCACUUGCCAGUGCACACUGAUGGAUCAUCACCUGUUGUUUUGCCCGGGACAUCGGACUUCCCCUCCUGGCAGUCGCCUCGACUGGGAUUGCCCUUGGCCUGCCACCAGUCGACCGACAGCGUUCUUAGGAUCAAAACGUGGCUCCGAUCUCCCAAUCUCUUCGUCAACUCAGCUACGGGUCUCCCCAUAUCACGGGAGAUUGCCUUACAGCAUUUACUUGUGAUGGCCUGCACUCAGGCCGACCUCGAGAGCAUUGUGAAUGAAGACUGGGAUAAGCUCGGACACCUCCAGCAGUCAAAGCUCCGAGGCUCCGCGAGAGAGCUACUAGACCUGCUUUAUACACAAGCGGACAGUCACGUCGACAUCCUGCAAGGUCUAGGCCUGGACGAAGAAGAAAUUGCUGGAUCCGAGGAAAGGCAGGAAGCUCGCGGAGAUGACGCAGAGGUUGGACUGGCGGGGAGCAUUGCGGAGGAGCACCGCGGGGGCCCGGCGGAGCCUCACCGCGGAGCCGCGCCGCCGGGCUUUAGAAACUCGCUUUCCGGGCGAAAGGUUGCUGGCCAGUCGUUACCACCACCUGAGCUGCUGGAGGCUGCACGCAGAACGAACAAGGAGGGCAAUAGGCUGCAGGAGUUUAUACAGCAUGCAACCUCGAGACCUGGCACAGCUGCAGAGGUGAACCAACAACUCGCCUUCGAACUUCAUGCUAGGGAACAGGAGCGAAUGGCCCGUAACCGAGACCUUCGUGCACAGAGUCGGGCCGACACAUCACAGCCCAUUUCAGGUCGCUCACGAGGCAGCCUGUCCUCCACCAGACCAGCAUCGUUGCCAGAACUUCCUGUCCCUGUUGACUUCAGCCUACUCGACGAAGAUAUCGUGCCGCCCGUCGAGAAAGCGACAACUCGAAAGAGAAAGCAGCCUACAUACCAUCAGCCGAUUCAGCGAAGCAGUCGUACUGGAAAGUCCGACAGCAAUAGCAAGUCGAUGGGUGCAGUGCCGGGAUUAAAGGAGAAACAGCAGCGAAAGGCUAAGAGGAAGAAGAAGGCUCCAGCCAUUGGUCGGCCGAAGAAGAGAGUGCGGCCAUCAGCGCGAAAACGGGCCGAGGAGCCUGAGGAUGAGGAUGCUCGCGGAGGCUCCGAGGAGUUGGAACAUAUCGACUUACCGGAAUUUCAAAGCGGGCUUUCCGACACGGAGGAGUCAGAUGAAAAUAUCACCCUACCAGGUUCGGAGAGCAAUGAGGGGGAUGAUACCGAUGCUUCAGAGCGAUAUGCACCGCGCCCGACGAAAAGGAGACGUCUAGAUAGGGACAGUGGGACCUCUGCAACGGACCCAAGCAGGAAGCCACCUUCGAGAGUAGUGGAAGUACUUCUUACUCCCCGAAAGCGAGUGUCAUCAUCUCCAGCACCAACACCAGUCGCUAAAGCACGCCCGAAGCCAAAAAUGGUGCGGAAGCCCAAACCGGUCUUGAAGCCAUCCAGUUCGACAGGGAGCACACGGCGAUCUCAGACACCAGGCAAAACAGUUCAUUUCGAUACGCCGGUAUCUACACCCAGGAGAAGCUCUCGGCUGAGUGGCGAUCCAUGA